AUGAAUCCCUCAUCACACAAGGCUGCAACCCAUAUUCUCCGAAAGGUAAACCACAAGGCGACCCUCUUGAAAUCUACCUUGUCGUCCUCAUCGUCUUGUUGCCAAAAGGCGUCCUUCUCCAGUGUUGCUUCCAAGACUCAUAAUCCACAUUUCGGUAUUGUGGGUAUGGAGGCCUAUUUCCCUAAUCGUUUUGUUUCUCAAUCUGCUUUGGAACAACAUGAUGGAGUCAGUGAGGAAAGUACACGAUUGGAUUGGCACAAUCCAGAAUGGCCGUUGUAG